AUGUUAUCUCGGAAUCCCUCCUACACUCCUUAUUCCAGGGGUGUCGUGAGGUCGGCGCGCCUGAUAUUGCGCCCAGCACCGGUUGUCUACGCGCAAUCAUGGCUGUUGCCUGUACGAGGGCGUGUGAGGCCAUAUUCCACGCGGGUCAAUGAUGAGACUACUCAUAAACGUUCUCUUUCCGUUCCUGCGUUACCCAGGUUCAAUGAAAUUGGUGUUCAGCAUCUUAGCGACUAUGUACAUUCCCAGGUCUUCCCGAACAAAGGUCGAGUACCUGAUCCCGAACUCGUCGCACUCUCCAAAGAUCACCUAGCAAGACAUGACCUUCUUGGCAAAUCUCAAACCGGUGCCGACCCGAUCGCAUUUGAUCUACCGCCCCUCCAUGGCCAGACUCUUGACGAGCAUUUUUACAAGCUUGGAAUGGAUGCAUCGGAGCCAUAUUUGACAAAUGCCAAAACCUUUGCAGCUUUUAGUUGCCCGACGAAACCGCGCAAGUGGGUCAAGCGCAGUGGAUGGACCAAAUAUAAUUCAGACGGUUCAUCGGAGCCUGUGGAUGCGCCUAACGAGGAAAUGCUGACCUUUGAUACCGAGGUCAUGUACAAGGACAACCCUUUUGCGGUCAUGGCUUGCGCGGUGAGUCCGACAGCUUGGUAUGCAUGGUUAUCUCCUUGGCUUCUGGGGGAAUCUCAAGAAAAGGUGCAUUUGGUUCCUUUGGGAGACCCUUCGCAGGCCCGAAUCGUCGUUGGCCAUAAUAUCGGUUAUGAUCGUGCUCGAGUUCUGGAGGAGUAUGAUAUGAAACAGACUCGCAACUUUUUCCUCGAUACCAUGUCUCUUCACGUCGCCGUAAACGGCAUGUGCUCUCAGCAGAGACCAACCUGGAUGCGUCAUAAGAAGAACAAGGACCUGAGAGAUAAGAUUGCGAGCGAGCAUAAUUCUGUGGAAUUGGCCGCGUUGCUUGAAAAUAAUAUGCUCAGAGAAGAGGAAGAAGAACUUUGGGUUGGGAGAAGCUCGGUGAACUCUUUGCGAGAUGUCGCCAAGUUUCAUUGCGACGUCACCAUAGAUAAAGCGCAAAGAGACUUCUUUGGCGAGCUUGAUCGGGAAACCUUGCUCACAAAGUUGGAUGAACUACUCGACUACUGCGCUGCUGACGUUGCGAUUACCCAUCAGGUCUUCAGAAAAGUUUUUCCUAAUUUCUUGGAGACCUGUCCCCACCCGGUCAGUUUUGGGGCCCUUCGACAUCUCUCUUCCGUCAUUCUUCCUGUGAACCAGACCUGGCAGGAAUACCUCACCAACACUGAAGAGACCUACCACAAACGACUCGACGACGUUCAACGGAAACUUCUAGAAUUAUGCGACGAAGCUCUGAAGGUGAAGGCUCAACCAGAUGUCUACACGAGUGAUCCUUGGCUACAGCAGCUGGACUGGUCUGGCCAAGAGAUCAAAAUGGUUAAGGGUAAGAAAAAAGGGGACCCCCCUCGUCCUGCUGCUAGGCAAAAGAAACCGGGUAUGCCGAAGUGGUAUAAAGAUCUUUUUCCUUCCAGCAAUGCCGACAUCAACCUCACCGUUCGAACAAGGAUUGCCCCCAUCCUGCUCAAACUAUCUUGGGAUGGCUACCCUCUGGUCUGGUCCGACAAGUAUGGGUGGACUUUCCGGGUUCCUCGUGAACAAAUUAAGAAAUACGAGAAUCAACCGGUCGUUGUGUGUGACAUGGCAGAGGAGAAGAACCUGCAGCUACGCGAUGACAGAAAGAACACCUACUUAAAGAUCCCUCACAAGGAUGGCCCGCAGGCUCGGUGCACUAAUCCUUUGGGGAAGGGCUACAUGCAGUACUUUGAGCGCGGAAUCUUGUCUUCUCAAUUCGAGCUUGCCAAAGAAGCCUUGGAUAUGAAUGCUUCAUGCUCCUAUUGGAUCAGUGCCAGAGACCGAAUCAUGGGCCAAAUGGUGGUUUACGAAGAUCAAAUCCAGAAAGAUGGCGCGACACAGGAUUCGACUGAAAAUCGACUCGGUUUUAUCCUGCCUCAGGUUAUUCCCAUGGGUACCAUCACUCGCCGUGCUGUGGAGAAUACCUGGCUUACCGCAAGCAAUGCAAAGUCCAAUCGAGUUGGAUCCGAGCUCAAGGCUAUGAUCAAGGCGCCUCCAGGUCAUGUUUUUGUUGGUGCUGAUGUUGAUUCUCAAGAGUUGUGGAUUGCCAGUCUUGUUGGGGACGCCCCAUUCCAGCUACAUGGAGGUAAUGCGAUUGGAUUCAUGACGUUGGAAGGUUCCAAGGCUGCAGGGACCGAUCUGCAUUCCCGCAGUGCUUCAAUCCUGGGCAUCUCGCGUAAUGACGCCAAGGUCUUCAACUAUGGUCGUAUCUAUGGAGCCGGCAUCAAGUUUGCGGCCACGCUUUUGCGUCAAUUUAAUCCUUCUUUGACGGAAAGGCAAACGCAAGAGACCGCAGCCAAUCUUUACAAGGAGACGAAGGGAACUCGGACCUCACGUCGUGCCCUAAGCGAAAGUCCAUUCUGGCGAGGUGGAACUGAAUCAUUUGUGUUCAACAAGCUUGAAGAGUUUGCCGAUCAGGAAAGGCCUAGGACCCCUGCGCUCGGUGCUGGUAUCACGGAAGCCCUCAUGCGCCGCUUCAUAAACAAGGGAAGCUUCAUGACUUCUCGCAUUAAUUGGGCUAUUCAAUCGUCGGGUGUUGACUAUCUUCACCUCCUGAUUGUGGGUAUGGAUUAUCUCAUCCGGCGGUUCAACAUUCAGGCCCGGCUGUCUAUUACUGUUCACGACGAGAUCCGCUACCUGGUGAAGGACGAAGACAAAUACCGGGCUGCCCUCGCUCUCCAGAUCGCCAACGUAUGGACACGUGCCAUCUUCUCGCAGCAAGUUGGCAUUGAUGACCUCCCACAGUCCUGCGCGUACUUCUCCGCCGUUGAUAUUGAUCACGUCCUGCGGAAAGAGGUCGACAUGGACUGCAUCACUCCUUCACACCCUCACAAAAUUCCUCACGGCGAGACUCUGGAUAUUUCUCAACUACUGGCUAAGAACGAGGCAGCGUUCUUGGAUCCGUCUAUUGCCCCCACCUCCCCUCCUCACCCCGAAAACUACGACUAUACCCCCCGGGAAUCGGUCAUGUCCACACUGCAGGCAUCCAAUGAUCUCGCGUUCAUCAAAGCCCAAAUUACUAAGGAUGACAAGGAACUCCGUGAGAUCAUCAAAGAGAAAACGCAAGCCGCCAGUGGCGGCAAGGCCCCUACACCCCGCUCUUCAACCUCGAAAACCAGAGGCAAAUCUACAGGCUGGGUAUCUGCGGAGCCCCAACGAGCGGUUCUGAUGGACCUAGAAUCUGGCUUAUAUCCCGACUUCCGAAACCCUCGCCCAUCAUCCAGCGGAAAUGGCAAGACUCAUCAUCAGGUUGGCAUGUAUCGGUCUUCUUGGAAGCCGCGGCCAUCUGCUCGCGCUUAG